CACGCCGGGCGCUAAUGGAUUUAUAGGUCACCCGGCCGGCGCGCGGAACCCUCGGCACAGAGCAGGCACUCGCCGGGACCCCAGCCGUCGCGCCCCUCGCCGCAGCCCCCCCCAGGCGUCAGGCGCCUGCGCGGCUGUCCGGUCGUACUCGCGGAGCCUCUCGCGGCCGCUGCCGCGCGGCCUGCGUCGCAUCCGGUUGUACUCGAACGCCGGCUAUGGCCGCCCCCAGGAGUGCCCGGCUCCUGUGCGCCGCCUCCGCGACCCUCGGCGGCGCGGCCCGUCGGUGGCUGCUCCUCGCCGGACCCCGCGCGGGCGCUGGCGGCCUCCCCGGGAGCCCGGGGUCUGGCGGGCGCGCCGAACUGGGCCUGGGCGGCGCUGGCGCGGCGGCGCUGCGGGCGCUGAGCACGUCGGCGCGGAGCGGCUCAGAAGAUAAAGUAACAGUCCACUUCAUCAACCGCGAUGGUAAAACAUUAACAGCCAAAGGAAAAGUCGGCGACUCUCUACUAGAUGUUGUGAUUGAAAAUAAUCUAGAUAUUGAUGGUUUUGGUGCGUGUGAGGGAACCUUGGCUUGCUCUACCUGUCACCUCAUCUUUGAAGACCACGUAUUUGAGAAGUUAGAAGCAAUCACUGAUGAGGAGAAUGACAUGCUUGAUCUGGCAUUUGGACUGACAGACAGAUCUCGCUUGGGCUGCCAAGUCUGUUUGACAAAGUCUAUGGACAAUAUGACUGUUCGAGUACCUGAAGCUGUGGCCGAUGCCAGACAAUCCGUUGAUAUGGGCAAGAACUCCUAAGCUAGAAUAAAUAGGAAUAUUUUCACGAAAUUUUACCUAUUUUUAUAAUUAUUACUUCCUAAUGUAAUUAAAUGAGAACAUGGAUGAAUGGGUUUAGUGUUAUGACUAGCUUUACUACUUUAAUUUACCUUGUAUAACUACAGAAUUUUAUAGUUCUGAAAGUAUGCAGUCUUAAUUUGAUUAAAUUACAAAAAUCGAUAUUAGAAAAUAGUUAAUAUGAUAAAACCUUAAUAUUUUACCUUAUGUUUGUUUAGCAACCUUGGCAAAAUUUUUUUCACAUAAAUCUUACGCCCACUUACCCAUAAUGUAGGUUAAAAAAAGAUAUUAUUGUCCCUAUUAGAUGUGGGUGCAGGCAGAGAUCUCCAGUGGCUUGUGUUGGGCCGUACAACAAAUUAGAUCUGUCCUAAAACUGCAUCUGGUUACUGCAAGUUAUGUGCAGAUUGAAACUGGGGAAAUUAUGAAUAUCUUAUUUAUAGCAGUAAUUAAAUGUGUAUUUACAAAACUAAUUGCUCAGUAAACUGCUUAAUUUCAAUUACUGCCUUAUGAAUAAAUAUUUCACAAUUUUGAUUCAGUGAAAAGUGUAAAUCUGAGCAUAGGCAAUGUAACAUUGUCAAAGAAGUUUGUCUUGGUUCUGACUAAACUGUAGGAAUAAAGUAAAAAUUAGGUGUU